AAACAGCUCCGCCGAGACCUUCGCAUCGGGAGUGCUUAUCACAUAGGAAGUUCUCGAUUCCCGCGCACCUUUUCACCAACCCCCUACUCAACACUGGAAGUCAACAAUCAGCAGUCCGUCACAACCCCUCUUGUUAUCGACAAGGAUUCAACGCCGCCUCCUACCACUACAGAUACCUUCCUAAGACAUCCUUUCAACUUGAUUCUAGCCCGUGAGCAAGGUGACAUUGGACCAGCUCCGAAAUCCAGACGCGUCCGCUACAAAGCUUCACGGUGGCGUUGUGAAGGUUCGCCCCGAAUUGAUGGGCUCCAGCUUCAGGGGCACCGAGAGCGAGGGACACGACAUGCUGAUCCUCAAACAUUCUCUGAACUAGUACAAGGCAGUUUGUGGGCGGUUUCGCGCUUGCAUUUGGAAAACAAGUUCAAG